UGGCGCAUGCUGCACUGACUGCGCAUGCGCAUGAGGUGGGAGCAACACUGAGAGAGAAAAACAACAACAUUCACUGGGAGAAGGGUGGAACUCAAUGACUCCGUGAAGUGAUCAGGGAUUUUGGAUAUACCGUGAAAAAGCUACUCCCCCCAUUUACGGCUAUUUCAAUUUCGACUGAACUUGUAAAUGGUGCCGUGCUCAUGAACCUGGCCAGUCAGAGCGGAGAGGCCGGCUGCAGCCAGCUCCUCUUCGCCAACUUUAAUCAGGAUAACACGUCCUUAGCAGUUGGUACUAAAUCUGGAUAUAAGUUUUUCUCUUUGUCAUCGGUUGACAAACUGGAACAGAUUUAUGAAUGUACCGACACAGAAGAUGUGUGCAUUGUGGAACGACUGUUCUCCAGUAGCCUUGUUGCUAUUGUUAGCCUUAAGGCACCUAGGAAGCUCAAAGUGUGUCACUUCAAGAAGGGGACGGAGAUAUGUAACUACAGCUACUCAAACACUAUACUGGCUGUAAAACUGAACAGACAAAGAUUGAUAGUAUGUCUGGAAGAAUCACUGUAUAUCCACAACAUCAGGGAUAUGAAAGUACUACAUACAAUUCGAGAAACUCCUCCAAAUCCAUCAGGAUUAUGUGCACUUUCAAUCAGCAACGACAACUGCUAUCUGGCCUAUCCAGGAAGUGCAACAAUAGGGGAAGUGCAAGUUUUUGACACUGUUAAUUUGAGGGCUGCUAAUAUGAUCCCUGCUCAUGACAGCCCACUAGCAGCAUUGGCAUUUGAUGCAAGUGGAACAAAACUUGCCACAGCUUCUGAGAAGGGCACUGUCAUUCGUGUGUUCUCCAUUCCAGAGGGACAGAAACUCUUUGAGUUUAGAAGGGGAGUGAAGAGAUGUGUGAGUAUCUGCUCCCUGGCCUUCAGUAUGGAGGGACUUUAUCUGUCUGCCUCUAGCAACACAGAGACAGUUCAUAUCUUUAAACUGGAGACACAGAGAGAAAAGCCACAGGAGGAGCCCACUACUUGGACAGGGUAUUUUGGGAAAGUGCUCAUGGCUUCCACCACGUAUCUGCCUGCUCAGGUGUCCGAAAUGUUCACUCAAGGAAGGGCCUUCGCCACAGUCAGACUGCCAUUUUCAGGACACAAGAACAUCUGUGCACUUGCCAUAAUCCAGAAGAUUCCACGGCUUCUGGUGGCAGCAGCAGAUGGCUACCUUUACCUGUACAACCUAGAUCCACAGGAAGGGGGAGAGUGCACACUAAUGAAGCAGCACAAAUUAGAUGGAAGUGCUGAACCUGCGAAUGAAAUUUUAGAACAGACAGCCCAUGAACGUCCACUUGUGGCCCAGACCUACAGUGCUGCUGUUGCCAAAGGCUACUCUGAGGAUCAGGGUGCAGUGGGUGGGGCCGGGGUGGAGGAUGAUAUGAACGCCCUGCAUCUGGACGAGGAAAAUGAGCAGCCCCCCCUAAUCCUGGAGACUGACUGAGAGACCACCCCCCUCCCUCGCGCCAUGGGGCAGGAAAUAGAUGACGGAGUGACAUUUCAGAGGGGGGCAUCUUUCUUCUUCCUCUGGUGCUGCUAUGAUCAUGUGACCUGGUGGAGAAGGGAUUAAAAGAGAGGGCAUUUUUAAAGCGAGCCUAGCUGUAGCCUCAUUCUGUCUGUUGUUACAUAUAGAUGUUUCUCUUUCUUUUCCCCUUUUUGUGGCUUUUUAAAAUCUGGUGAAUUUUGAUGCCCAGAUCUACCUUUAAUAUAAUACUAAGUAAGAAAACCAAGCUACAGCCAUCACGUCUCGUAGCUUUGCAUGUACAUGUGCCAAGUAUAGGAGUGCUAGACAUAAUUUGCUCUUGUGUCGAUGGUUCUGAUGUGUUCGGUGGACAUACUCCUCUUGAGCCUUGACAGACGCUUAACGUGUGCGUGUGUGUGCGUGUGUUCCUUUCUUUACAACUGCGUAACUGGCUUGAUACGCCUGCCAUGCCACUGCAAACUGUGCAAUGCUUUUCCGUUGUGUCCCAUUUCUGUCCCAUAUGCGUCUGUGGCUUUCCUAGCGCCGAGAUGUGAAUAUCGUUCUCCAUUAGCAGUGCUUAAGAUGCCUCUAUGUUGCUUUGACAGACUGGUCACAAACACUUUGAAAGGUGACCUUGUCUGUCUGAACAGUAUUCACAGGCUGUACUUUUCUGAAGGUGAUCUUUAGUUUUGGCCUGAAUAACACAAAGAAGCACUUGUUUUUUAGACCAAUAUCCACACUACCUUAUGGACCAUUUGGUUAUCCAAUUAGGCACAAACGGGUUACAACUCUCUGCAUCACCCCAGUGUCUUGCCCUGUCCUUCUAUAAUUAAAUGGAAGAGUUUUGUGUCAGUAAGGACAUAAAAAUAUCGCUCUUUUCAUUUGAAAUUAAAAUUAAGGUGAUUUUGAUGUGUUGAUUUUGGCAGACAUUGGUGUGCGAACAUUGCCCUGUGAUAUGUAAUAAAAGAGGCUCAGAAUUGUACUGAACUCCUCCUCCCUCUCCCAGAGCUAGUCGGUACUUGAUUGACUGAUAUAACCAGCUUCACCUUCUUGUUUAGGAGAGGAGCUUGUAUUUUGACCACACUGUUGAUGAAAGUUAAAAAGGUCCUCCUUUGCACGAAGGAAAAGCUGGGUGUUUAUGGUUCCUUCAUGCAAGGAGUGCAGCUCACUGUUUCGAGACAGAUGUGGAAAAUAUUGCAGACUAGAUGGUAUGAGUCUAUGUUUGUGGCAUGUUCCCAUGGACGUCCCACUGGACCGUCAUCUAUUUAACAAACACGGCUGGAGCCUAGGUCACAUGGUCUGGCAGCUGAGACAGAUCAGGUGAAAUGUGCUGUUAAGUCUCAAGGGGUCCCAAGUUCUCAAGAGAAGUAAAGCGGAGACGAGGGCUUGUGAAUGUAACAACGAAACGUUCUAGGUGCAUAAUCAUCUCCAGUAUGUCCAGCAAGCACAAAGUGGAGACGGGAAUUAUGUGCUCAGCACCAUUCAAACAAGGCGGAAUUCUCAAACGGAGCGACCCAGAGGCUCCCAAAUCUCCAAUUUCUAUGCAUGAUUGUCAAUUGAGCAUGAUCUGAUGGUGUAUACCAGAACAAAUAAUAAUGUUAACUGAUUGACUUUCUUCAUCAGCCAUUGAGCUCUGACAACUGUAGGCCACUAUAAUUUUUUUAAAUGAUUUUUGUAUAAAAUGUGAAUUGUUCCAUAUAAAGAUAAAAUAAAAUCUUCGGUUGAAUACAUCA